UACCGCUUAGGGAAAAAAAGAAGCUUCGCGAAGCUUCUCUCGUCAGCAUGCCCAAGAAUAAAGGUAAAGGAGGUAAAAACAGGCGUAGGGGUAAGAACGAGAAUGAAUCUGAAAAAAGAGAGCUGGUGUUUAAGGAAGACGGACAGGAAUAUGCUCAAGUGAUCAAAAUGCUGGGCAACGGACGGUUGGAAGCCAUGUGCUUUGACGGUGUCAAGCGGCUCUGCCAUAUUAGAGGGAAAUUGAGAAAAAAGGUUUGGAUCAACACUUCAGACAUUGUACUGGUGGGUCUGCGAGACUAUCAGGAUAAUAAAGCAGAUGUAAUUUUGAAGUACAAUGCGGAUGAAGCCAGAAGUCUGAAAGCCUAUGGCGAGCUUCCAGAGCAUGCUAAAAUCAAUGAAACGGAUACGUUUGGUCCUGGAGAUGACGAUGAAAUCCAGUUUGAUGAUAUUGGAGAUGAUGAUGAAGACAUUGAUGAUAUCUAAUUGUAGUCAAUGUUUUAUAUUUCAAGUUUUCUGAAGAUGUUCUACAAUUGGGAAUUUUGACCAUCUACUUGUUAAGAAUAGAACUUUCCUUUGCUUGAGUAUAAUUUGUUAAAGCAGAUUUUCUUGUUUUGUUUUAAUGUAUUUACAAUAUUUGUUUUUAAACUUGGCGCUCUUGAGAGCCCAGUAUAUGGUGUAGUGGGUAAAACCACCACAGUGACAUAUCCCAUUUGGGCGCAGGUCUACUUCCCAUCCAGCUGUAUAUCAAUGGCCUGGGAAGAGCAGCUUGAGACAGCCUAAGUGCUGGGACCCUUGUCACCCACACAUGAGACCUGGGUAAAACUCCUGGUUUCUUGCUUCAGCCUAGCUCAGCCCUAGCCACUGGGGCCCCGUGGGGAGUGAACCAGCAGAUAGAAGACCUCUUUCUUUUUCAUCCUCUCUCUGUAACUCAGAUAUAUUUUUAAAAUUUGGUGUUGAAUUA